AUGGUUUCUGUGCGCCAGGAGGCGGUUGUGUUUGCACUCGCGCUGUGCUGUGUGACCUUGUGCGUGGCAGCGGUGCCGCAGGAGAAGCCACCGGAGGAAUAUGGCAGAAGUGCAGCGCCCCACAGCGGUGGUGUGACGUCCAGCAGGCAUGCGGUGCCGUCUGCCACGGCGCAGAUGAGCCCCGCUGGGAGCGGUGCUGUGAAGGCCGCAGAGGCGUCAGCGAACCCUCAGGAAGCAAAGGCUGCAGCGAGUGAAGCUGUCCAACGCGCACUGACCGCAAAGGAGAGUGCGGAGAGCUUCAAAAUAAAAGCUGACGCAUGGAUGAGGGAAGCGCAGAAAGCUGUGGAUGAUGCAAAGGCAGCCAAUGCAACAGUGGAAAUUGCUUAUAAAGUACUGGAUGACCUGAAGAAUGCAAUGGACAGUGUUGUGGAGAAGAAAGGCGCCAAAGUGGGAAACAAUGGGCUGCAGGUGAAAGCUAAAGCUGCCGAAGAGAAGGCCAAUGAUGCACUGGAAAAGACUGAAGUGGUAUUUCAAUCCUGUCAAAAAACAGGAAGGGAAACUUCAACCGCAAGACAAAAAGUGAUCUCAGCAGUGGAUUUACUGAAUUCGGCACUUCAGGAAGUUCAGGGUAUGGUAAAAAUGUUUCCAGACGCAAAGGCAGACAUUGCGGCAGCAGAGAAGAUUGCUGCAUCGGUUACUCGUAGGGCGACAGAGGCUCAAGACAGUGUUACGGGAUUAUAUCGCAGCGCCAAUGAAGCAACGAAUGCCGCUCAGAGAGCUUUCAAAAGCGCUUACUCUGCAAAGGAGCAUGCCUCCUUUGCAGCGCAGAUUGACUUCAACAUGCACUAUACAAAUCUGCGUGCUAAAAAGGAUAUUCCCAAUGCACUGGAGUAUGCCACGGAUGCAGUAAAAAGCGCAGGCGAUGCACUCGCCAAGGCUACACUGGUAUUUAAUGAAGCCAAGGUGGUAUCGGAGAAGGCUGAUGAGGUAUAC